UCUCUCUCCGUUGCAGAUAUUAGUGCGUCUCCUCCUCCUCCUCUCCUGUUUUUGGACCCUCCUCGGCUCCACAGUGGAACACAGAACGUGGGAAUUUUCCUUUUCAAACUGUCAAAGGAAAACAACACAAACUUGUUUGCAGCUGUUGAUCAGACGUGAAGGAGCAGCGGGUCCCAGUUCUUUGAGAACAUGUCCAGCUCAUUGGAGAGGGUUGUGGCCCAGAAGAAGGAGGCCAUUGAAGCUGUGAUGGAUAUGUUUGAGAAAGGGGCCGAGGUGUUGGCCAGCGCUGUGGGCGAGCUCUUCCCCCUGUGCGAGGCUGCCGCUCCAGUUCUUCGUCUGGCCUUAGACAACGUCCACAGCAAAGAGGUCUUUUAUGUCAAAGAGCAAUUCCUGACGGUGAGGAACAAGCUGGAUGUGCUGUCCGCCGAGCUGGAGGACAUAGACUGCGAGAUCAAGAAGGGGAGACUGGACUCGACAUACUUCUCUGUGGAGGAGAACAUUAGGAACCAGUUCAGGAAAUACAUGGACAUACUGGAGGCCAAGCAGCAGUUCAGGGCGGUGAAGACCAGACUGUUUUUAGAGCACUUUGCUAAAACUGGAGGAGAGAAGAACCUGCAUGUGCUGUAUGAUGCUCUGAUGGGAACCAACAGCUUUGGAGAAUCCAUUUUAGAGUUGGUAGAAAGGUACGUAGCGAGGAACCGCCGUCUCUUGGAAGAUUUCUGUGUCCGUAUGAAGGAGCUCUUCUGUUUGGGCCUGAUUGCUUUGCUGGGCCACUGUGCUCUAACGCAGGGCCAAGAUGAAGAAGAAGAGAAGAUCCAAGAGUGGAGCAACAAAAUUGAGCAGGUGGAGUCCAGCAUGAAGAUGACCAUUGAGUCGUGCGUCGCCGCCUUCCCGGAGCAAGCAAAACUAGACGCCCAGCGACUCCUGCAAGAAAAGGACGAGGAAAACCUGCAAGAUACAACUCAGCUGCUCCUGGACUUUCUGGUGAAAAAGUAUGAUUGGGUCAGCUGGUCUGUGAGGCUGAUCAACCACUCAGGCAGCACCUACCGGAACUGGCGAGCCGGGGAGCACUUCCACCAUGUGGCGGGACAGAACUGGUUUGAGGUUCUCCAGGUGAACAACAUAAACCUCGUGGUGUCGUACAGCACCAAAGCCCAGCCGGUGCCCCGCGACUGCAUCCAGCAGGUGAUGGAGGCUCAGGGGAAGAAGGGCAACGCUCCCGCGGUGGUGGAGGUGCUGGAGAAACAGCUGCGCGGGUUUGUGGUUCACGCCGUCAGUCGCCACAAGGAGUCUGCGGCAGCGUGGAGUUUCCCAGAAGAAUGUCACUACUGGGAGAGACACAAGAACGUGGCCGUGUGUGUGCACUCGGAGUGAAGCUGUCACAUGUCUGACAUUUAGGAUUUACAUACCAGAGAUAUAUAUAUAUAUAUAUGUAUAGAGAUUCUGAUAAACUCACAUACACUGCACCAAAGUCUGACAUUAUUUAUACAAACAGAUUUAACAAAAAGCUCAUCUCACACAGUGUGCACUGCUUUGUAAGCGACUCACUCCUCACACCAAAGUCCUAAUGGAGAAUCUGUGAUUGUCCGUGGCAGCACACAGGAGCUGCUGAUGUGUUAUUAUGUGACUUUGGUGUUUGAACAGCAGUAAAACCACUGAUUUUCUCUCUGGACUUUGGUGUGGAAGAGUGAGUCUGUUUUUGUUUCAGUGAGUGCGAGCAUCCGUGUCUGAAGCUGGAGCUGCUGUCUGUCAAAUUACAAGAGAAUAAAUGGAAAUGGUAAAUGAAAAGAA